AUGACGCCUUUCCUAUUGCUACUCCUCAUCUCUCCCUUCUCUACCAGCACCGCCUCCAACACUGCCUACCCCACCAUUCCCGACACCACAGACACCUGCAUCUCCUCUUCGCAAGAAAACAAACUUGCCCCAGUUAGACGUGAAGUCUAUGGUGAUGGUAGAAUCUUUGAUAUUACUCAUAGGUACACAGCCAGCAUGCCAUCUUUCGGCACAGAAAAUGGACUGGGCCAGUUCUUGCAGUUCCCUGAAAAAAUUAAGAAUGGGUCCAUGGUCAAUGUAUCUGAGAUGAAGAUGGUGACUCACACUGGCACACACGUUGAUGCACCCGGGCAUUUCUAUGAUCACUACUUCGAUGCAGGGUUUGAUGUGGACACUCUAGACUUGGAAGUGCUCAACGGUCCUGGACUAUUAGUCGAUGUUCCAAGGGGUACGAACAUAACUGCUGAGGUCAUGAAGAGCUUAAAUAUUCCGAAAGGAGUUCGGCGUGUUCUCUUCAGAACAGACAAUACUGAUAGGCGACUUAUGUUCAAAAAUCAGUUCGACACAAGCUUUGUGGGAUUUACUCAGGACGGGGCAAAAUGGUUGGUAGAGAACACAGACAUUAAGCUUAUUGGAAUUGAUUACUUAUCGGUUGCCGCUUGGAGUGAUUUGGCUUCAGCUCAUCUCGUCCUCUUGGAAAGCAGAGAAAUCAUCAUUGUGGAAAGCUUAAAACUUGAUGACAUACAACCUGGAUUAUAUUCCAUCCAUUGUUUACCUCUAAGGUUGCUAGGUGCUGAAGCUUCACCAAUAAGAUGCAUUCUCAUCAAAUGA